CGCAGACAGACGCCGGCGGCCGGUGCUCAGGCAGACGUAAACAAACCAUAUGUCUCUUUGUUUUACGUAAAUAAAAUAUCUGAUGAUCAGAGCUUUAUCCUCCACGAAUAUUUUUUUACAAGCUAGGCAUCGUGUUUCGGAAAGAAACUAUUAUUUUCAUAUUCACAACUUGUAGCACUAGUACGUAAACAAGUUCCUUAUCUUUUUAAUAAAGUGUUUACUGGAUAUCACAACAUGGAGCAGCGGCCUAAGCGUUACUUUCCAAAUCCAUGGUUACAUGGGUUACAAGAAACUACUGAAUUUAGCCAAGAAGUGUGGGCGGCAAAAACAUCUGAGUUAAUUAAUUUAAUAACAAGCAAGUUACCUCCUUCAGCGGCAGAUGGUGAUGGGGGGCUCUAUGUGGGAACUGGCGGAGUAGGGUACAUGUUUUAUCAUGUUAGUCAUUCGCCACUCUAUGCAGCUGAGAAAGACCAACUUAUUCAAAAAGGGCUGGAAUAUGUAAAAGCAGCCCUUCUUUACACUCAUCAAAAUGUACCUUUGAGACAAACAGAAGAAUGUGCAUUUCUCUUAGGACCUGCUGGAAUUUAUGCUGUUGGUGCUGCUCUCUACCAGGCUGCAGGUAGUGUUGCUGAGGCUCAACAUUUCUGCCAACUGUAUAAAUCAUUAAGCUCUGUCAUUUUACCAGUGGACUUCUUAUCAUGUGGAGGUGAUGAGUUGCUAGUUGGAAGAGCUGGUUAUAUAUGUGGCGCACUCUGGCUUCAGAAAGUUUUUGGAUCUCCUAUUGUACCGUUACCUGAAUUACACAAAGUAUGUCAGUCCAUCAUUACAUCUGGCAGAAAUUACGCAAAACGUACAAAAAGCUUAUCACCACUGAUGUUUGCUUACUAUGACACUGAGUAUCUUGGAGCAGCGCACGGAUUGAGUGGUAUUCUACAAAUGCUGAUGAGUGUAGAAGGUUUUCUCCAAUCAGAUCCAUCCGUUGAAAGAGAUGUGAGGGCCACUGUUGAUUACUUACUCUCAGUACAAUCCUUGGAAGGAAAUUUCCCUGCUGCUACAGACGAAGUUCGACUGAAAUCAAGAAGACCCGAGGAUGAGCUGGUUCACUGGUGCCAUGGAGCUCCUGGAGUUGUAUAUCUUAUGGCUAAAGCAUACUUAAUGUGGCAAGAAGAUCGUUACCUUCAAUCAUGCAUUAAAUGUGGAGACUUGGUGUGGGAGAAAGGACUGCUAAAAAAAGGACCAGGUAUAUGCCAUGGUGUGGCAGGAAAUGGCUAUAUUUUCUUGAUAUUGUAUCGCCUAACUCAGAAUGAUAUGUACCUUCGUAGAGCUGAACAGUUUGCCAAUUUCAUAUUUUCUGAUGAAUUUCAAGCAGGUGCACGCUCUCCUGACUCCCCAUUUAGUUUAUAUGAGGGGCUUGCUGGGACUGUUUGCUUCCUGAAUGAUGUGCUGCAGCCCUCAAAAGCUGCUUUUCCAUUCAUGGAAAUAUUUUAAGAUGAACUACAGUACUCACAAUUUUCAUUGUUCUGUUUUACCAUUUAUUGCUCACAACAAUUGUGACAUCUACUUACUGUGCCUACUUCAGAAAAUCCAAAGAAAAAUUAGAGAAGCUAAUCAGUUCUAAAGAACAGUUAAAUGGCCAAAACAGACCUUUCCACCUCUCAGCUCUUAGAUACUUCCUACAAUCAAACUUUAUGCAUCAACUCAACCUAAAGAGAAUUUUUUAGUAGGCUUUUGGAAUAAACUAAGUUUGUCUGCUCUCUAAAUAUGUCUUAUGUUUUAAUAAAAGCUCUUGCAGACAGAUAUGAAUCCAGGUUUAGGCAUUUAGAAAGGAGUAAGGUAGAUAGAUCUGUUGUGUGGCCUCUCCAAAACAAUAUAAUAAGUUGUUCAGUUUCUAUUAAGAUAGAUAAAUGAUUUGCAUUGUUUUAUUUA